AUGGCGAAUACCAACUCUAGCGCGGUAUUUUUCUUGGGCACCAGGGCUCACUAUCAGGUGGGACAGUUAUCUCAGACUGCCGCCCAGCAGGGGCCACUGCAAAUCAAGCCGGAGUUUAGUGAUGUGUCGGCAAUUUCUGUCACUAGCCGUAUCCCCGAAUUUUGGACUGACCAGCCAAGAGUAUGGUUCAUCAGAGCGGAAGCGGUACUAGGUCCUCAAAAGACUGCUGAUGAAGCUCAGUUCCAGAUUGUUGUGUCAAAACUGGGUAAAGAGGCAGUUAAAAAGCUCUUAAGAGUAGGUUGCUGA